AUGUUAAUAACGACAUCCUCUACCCAUCCGCGGCCUACUGGACUACCUCCCAAGGAUACAAAUUACGCAUAUGAUGAUAAGUAUGACUACGCGUGGGAGGAUAAGCACGAUACGAUAUACUGGCGCGGCACACUUACUAGGCCGCCAUUGGGCGUGGACGAAGAGACAAAAAAAGAGACCGGUUGCAACAAUACCGUCAGAGUCAUCGGCACCGACCCCCUACACCCCAACCUCUACGGCGUACGCCCCAACGCCCCCGGCCAGGACCCAUUCACGAACUUGGCGUUUAUCCUUGACGUGGAUGGGGACGGGAUCUCGGCGCGCUUCCGGGCACUUCUCCAGAGCCGCAGCCUACCGAUCAAAAGCACGCUGUUCAAGGAGUGGCAUACCUCGCGCCUUUUCGCGUGGGUGCACUUUGUGCCGCUCGGGAUCGAAUAUCGCGAGAUAUACAGUAUGUUGACGUAUUUUGUGGGGUAUGGGAACGCGGAGGGGAAUGAUCGGGGCGAGGACUGGGUUAAUAUGAAUCUGUAUGUGCAGAAGCAUGAGUUUGAGGGAAGGCUGAUUGCGAAGAGGGGGUCGGAGUGGGCUGCGAAGGUGUUGAGGAAGGAGGAUAUGGAGGUGUAUAUGUACCGCCUGCUGCUCGAGUACGGGAGAAUCAUCGAUGAUGAUCGGGACAACAUAGGUUACCCGGGCGACGGAUCGGAGGUUGACGAGGGUAAAUGGGCGAAGCUGGUUGGGGUUGGCAGCUAA